UCUCUUAAUCUUCACAAAGAUUAUCUCACAAUUUCUCUUUUUUUUUCUCUCUCAUAAGAACACUCACUCACUUAGCUCUUCUCAAUUUCUCUUGCUUUCUCACACUCUUGCUUGCUUGUUGCGUUUGCAUGCAUGGGAGAAAUGAGUAGUAUGCUAGAAAGGCAUGCUCGCGAAGAGUCAAACGCUGAGGAUGACGUGCCACUCGUUCAAUGGCAAACGAGCUCUGGAACUCCAUCAACUCAACCUGUUGCAGCACGUUCGUUUGACGUGCCUCCUCUACCACCACGUGAUGGUGUUGAAGUCGAGUCAACGAUUACACUAACGUCUGGUCCCAGGAUUGCAUAUCCUGAAGGUUUUAGCUAUACUAAGCCAGAUUGUCACGCUGCCAUGCUACAAGGUAUGCAUAAUUUCAUCCCUCCUGUGGAUUGACAACACGCUAAGAGCUACGUGCAACAGAAUGGUGGUCAGGCUACCAUGUUAAAGUUGAUGGAUACAGGAGGCCCGUUCCAUAACGUGCCACUCGGAAGGUGGGACGGUCUAACCUUUGGCACACUGCACACAAAACGCAACCAUAGACUACUUUAAUGAAAUCAAACCGAGUUA